AUGAUGGACAUCGAGGAAUUCGUUUGCAACCCGAGCGAGCAGCAAAUAGAAAUGGAGACAAUCUCGCCGGGGGGCUUAUUGGACGUGUCAUCGGACGUUUUGUUCGUUUGGACGUCGUCUGGUGAGUCCCACGAGCCCGAUAAAGGCAUCGAAGAUAAUACAUAG